AUGCUCCCGGCGACUUUUGUACUGCUCGUCGUGUCCUGCGUGCGCGCGGCAGACGACUCAAGCUUCGAGUCGACGGAUGGCACCGACUUGGGCACGUGCGUCGUUGCCGUCGUGGCAAGUUUAGUUGGUGCCGGGAUCAUCGGGUUCAGCGACCGCUUCAUGGCGGAGACUGUCUUUGCCAUUGGCUUUGCCCUGGGAGCUGUCAGCCUUGCGACGGCAAUGGACCACUUGCUUGUGGACCAGCAGACCGUUCGGGGUCUCGCCUUCUGGGUGGCCUUCAUCGGGGGUGGCGCAGGCUGUGGGGGCAUGGCCCGGUGGGUGUAUCCGAAGAGCCGCUUUAUCACGGGCAUUGCAGGAGGCACAGUGCUUGCAGUGCUCGUGACCAACUCUGUAGCAGGGUACAUCUGUCCAGGUCAGACGUUCGAGCUGUUUACGCUUCUGUGUCUGCCGUUGGCGGUGGUGUUUGCCUCGCUUGCCCUGAAAUACGGCCAGCCAGUGGAGAUCGCUGGGACUACUAUCGCUGGUGCUGCCGUCUUUGUGUGGGGUCUCGGCUACUUCAUCGGUGGCUUUCCGCUCCCGAACGACUUGGAGAAGUACGCGAGUCGGAAUGCAAACGGCGGCUUCGAGUACGCAAUCCCUGCUCUUUGGUGGGCAUAUGUAGGUGGAAUUGCAACGCUGUCGGCGCUUGGUAUGGUCGUACAUUAUCGCAAGACCAGACACACUGACAGUGGCAACGAGUUGGCGGCCAUUGAAGCUACUGGCGUUGGGCUCACCAUGGACGCUGCGCUAGACAUUGAGGCCGAGAAGCAGCGACUGACGAUUCCUGUCAUGGAUCAGUCAGCAAACUCUGCAUGGGAGUCGGACUUUUUGCCGUCGUCGUACCCGAGUGUCGUCCAUCAGUCCUUUUGUCGGUUGUACUCGAGAAACACAGAGGCGGAGGCGAUCAGUAAGAUGAGGUCCAAUUUCUUAGAGGCGAGAGCUUCAGAGGCGGCAAAGAGCACUGCUGUCGAUGAUGCGAGGGCGUUGUUGCAGCAGCUACCACCAAGCGAAGGCUUUACGAGGAGUGGAAACAGAAGCGAGAGUAACCAUGUCGACUGA